UCAAUCACGUUGAUGCGAUGUUAAGCUAAUUUUAGCAACAAUAUUCUUGGCAGGCUUCUGAUGAUCAGUUAGUUAGUUUUGAACAGCAUGGCUGUUUUUUUUCGUCUUUAAAUCGCAGUAAAAUUUCAUUUGAUAAACUAAACUUCAACAGACAACAAAAAAAAUGAAUAGCCAUCGUCAAAUAGCCGAAUCUGAUCAUAAUUAUCAACCUGGUGAUGUUAUAUUUCGUUUAAAUGAACCAUUUGUCUAUGUAACAAAAUAUGAACAUCGAUUGUUUACCUGUGAUCAAUGUAUGCAAUCAAUUGAUUCAUCUAUUGUUUGUCCUGGUUGUCGUAAAGUUUAUUAUUGUUCGACUGAUUGUCAAAUGAAAGCAUGGUAUCGUUUACAUCGUAUUGAAUGUCCAAUUUUGGCUAAACGUGAACCAAUGCAAUUCGAAAAUGAAGGAAUCGAUUAUAUGCAACGUUUAACAUUACGUUUAUAUCUUUUAAUGACAUCCAAAGAUGAAAAUAAUCCGUCUGGACAAAAACGAUCAUUUACAUUACCACAUAAUGGUCAAAAACGAAUGAUUGAUGAUAUGGAAACACAUUCAGAACAAUUAAAGGAUUCGGAACAAUUUGGCGGUAUCAUUAAUUAUUUUAAAUUCUAUAAAAUUGAUGAUUAUGAUCACGAAUUAUUAUUAAAAUGUUAUGGCCUAUUACAUGUGAAUAGUUUUGGUAUCGAUUGUUAUGAUACUGAUAAUCUUACUAUUGAUCAUCGUGGUUGUGGCCUAUAUCUGGAGGCAUCAGUUUUUGAUCAUAGCUGUGUACCGAAUGCAUGUGCUGCUGGCGAUUCAUUAACAUUGGAAAUUCGUGCACUUCGUCCAAUUCGUCCCGGUGACCUAAUCUAUUUAGAUUAUAUUCAGGAUAUUCUACCUAAAGAUGAACGUAUUAAACAUCUUGAAGAACGUUAUUUUUUCACCUGUCAAUGUAUCGGUGGUUGUGACAAUACUAUCGAUAGUAAUGAUGCAUUUGAUUCAAAAGUUGAUUUUAAACGUUAUAAAAUUUUGGAAAAUCUAAUUGAACGUCUUAAUUCGAACAAUAACAACAACAAUGAUGAUAAUGGCAAUGAUAAUAAUGAUGAUAAUGAUCAUGAUGAAGAUACAUGGCGACAAUUAUAUCAAUUAUGGACACAACGAUUAGUAAUACAAGAAGAAUAUUAUCGUAAAUGUGUAUAUCAUCCUUGUUUAUCAUUAUUUUAUCAAACAUUUUUAAGAUUUUUCAUCCUAAAUCAUCAACGAUUUUGGAUGGAUGGUGUUGAAACUGAAAUGAAUCGUGUGAUGACAAAAACACGAGAACAUUUAGCCAUUACUCAUGGUAAUCAUCAUCAAUUUUAUCGAUGGACAGUUGGUAAUUUUGAUGCAUAAGA